AUGACUGCUGACGUUUCUGAGUUGUUGAAUCGUCGAGUCGCUGAUAUCCUCAAAAGCAAGACUUUCCUUGCCCGCCUCUGCGAGCAGGCUGAGCGUUACGAUGAGAUGGUCACAUACAUGAAGCUGAACGGUGAACUCUCCGUCGACGAGCGCAAUCUCCUCUCCGUAGCCUACAAGAACGUUGUCGGUACACGCCGUGCUUCUUGGCGCAUCAUCUCCUCUAUUGAGCAAAAGGAAGAAUCCAAGGGAUCCUCCGAGCACGUCUCCAUUAUCCGUGACUACCGCCAGAAGAUUGAGACUGAGCUCGAGAAAGUGUGCCAAGAUGUCUUGAACGUCCUUGACGAGUCUCUCAUCCCCAAGGCCGAGUCUGGCGAGUCAAAGGUUUUUUAUCACAAGAUGAAGGGUGAUUACCACCGUUAUCUCGCCGAGUUUGCAUCCGGCAACAAGCGCAAGGUCGCAGCCACUGCCGCUCACGAGGCUUACAAGAACGCCACCGAUGUCGCACAGACAGAGCUCACUCCUACCCACCCCAUCCGUCUUGGUCUCGCCCUCAACUUUUCAGUCUUCUACUACGAAAUCUUGAACUCGCCCGACCGUGCUUGCCACUUGGCUAAGCAGGCCUUUGAUGACGCUAUUGCCGAACUUGACUCCCUCUCCGAGGAGUCCUACCGCGACAGCACUCUCAUUAUGCAGUUGCUCCGUGACAACCUCACUCUCUGGACUUCAUCCGAUGGCGGUGAGCCCGAAGCUGUCGAGGCCAAGGAAGACAAGCCUGUUGAGGGUGAAGCCGCUGCUCCUGCCGAGGAAAAGCCUGCUGAGGAGGAGGCUCCUGCUGCCGCCCCGGCUCCAGCAGAGUAAGAAAUCUGUUGCUUAUUACGAAAACGCAGUAAGAGAGUGGCAUUUUAAUGUCUCCAAUGACUUUCUAAAACUUUGCUACUAUAUCUGAAUGCGUGUUUCGAAUUGGAGUCUUGAGCGCCUUUGCUUUUUUUUAUUUCCCUGUUACCCCCAAAGUCCAAAGUCGAUGCGGCACAUUUCACCCUUUUUACCCCUUCCCCCCCCUUCCCCCGCCGUACGUCAGUCCAAGAAUUGACGCUAGUCGCUCCUAUGUUGUUUGUUCCCUGAUCAGGCCUGUAGUUGGAUGCGGAGUUUGAUAUUUGGAGAAUUGCCAGGUUGGAGCUGGAUAUCUGUUUGCGAAAUGUCGUGCUAUUUCAUCUCUCCAAUAAUCUUUUCUUCCUUGUCUUAUCUGCCCUGUUGGUUGUCUGUUAAACAUUCCUGGACUCUUCCAACUGGAACAGUCUGGAGUGGACGUGCUAGAGGUUUCAUUCUGGGAUGCUUUCUCCUGAUUAACUCUGGCUACUCAUCCCUUGAGACUCACCAGACACCAGCAAUCUUAUCUCGUGUUCUUAUUCUCUUUCCGAACUUGGUUGUUUAAACAAGUCCUCACAGGCAAACUACAAUGAAUGCAAACCAAACCAAUCAUUACAACUAUUAC